UUCACCAUUUGUUCCCACACUCUCUUUCAAGUUUGAUCUUUCUAAGCAGAUCUUUUAAGUUUGUUACAACUCGUCGAGGUGGUCUUACAAAAGGAUAAAUCAACAAGACAUAUUUUUUUCUCCCACCCAAAAGUCAAUACAUCAUGAAGUUCUCAAUUUCAGCAAUGAAGCAGGUACAACCAAUCUUAAGCUUCAAGAACAAACUCUCGAUGGUCAACGUCAACUCUUUCCUCCGUCCCCAAGAAAAAGUCGUCUUCGUGAUGGGAGCCACUGGUUCCGGUAAGUCUCGUCUCGCCAUCGACCUAGCAACUAGGUUUCAGACAGAGAUCAUAAACUCCGACAAGAUCCAAGUUUACAAGGGCCUCGACGUCCUUACAAAUAAAGUAACACCUCAAGAAUGCCGAGGCGUGCCUCACCACUUGCUCGGAGUGUUUGACUCCGAAGCUGGCAACCUAACGGCCACCGACUUCUGCCGCCUUGCAUCACAAGAAAUCUCAACACUCUCGGCUAACAACAAGCUUCCUAUCGUAGCCGGUGGAUCAAACUCAUACAUCGAAGCACUUGCGAAUCAUUCGUCUGGAUUCUUGUUAAACAAGUACCAAUGCUGUUUUAUUUGGGUCGACGUUUCCUUACCGGUUCUUAACUCAUUCGUCUCAAAACGUGUCGAUCGCAUGAUGGAAGCAGGAUUACUGGAGGAAGUAAGAGAAGUACACGAUCCGAAAGCUGAUUAUUCUGUCGGGAUACGACGAGCUAUCGGUGUCCCCGAGCUUCACGAGUACUUAUGCUACGAAUCUCUAGUGGACCGUGCUACACAGAGAAAGAUGCUUGACGCAGCCGUUAAAAAGAUUAAAGAGAACACAGAGAUUCUAGCUUGUCGACAGUUACUUAAGAUUCAACGUCUGAGCAAGAAGUGGAAGUUGUCUAUGCACCGCGUGGACGCAACGGAAGUGUUCUUGAAACGUAACGAGGAAGAAGCAGACAAGGCUUGGGAGAAUCUCGUAGCGAGACCGACCAAGAGAAUAGUUGAUAAGUUCUGUGAUAACCAAGUGAUGAAAAAUGAUGAUGUUGAGCACUGUUUGACCUCCAUUGGAGCGGCGUCUUACGGCGGAGGAAGUGGAAGUAGGGCUCACAAUAUGGUAUGAGAAGGUUUUGUCUUUUAGUCGUGUGAUGCUUUUUGGAGUGUAAUAGUGAGAUUUUCGUAUGUGUGUGGUGGUGAUUCGCCGGAGGUUUUUUGCAACGUACAGGUGUGUGACAUAGUACCUCGGGAACCAAAUAACGAAAAGCUGUUUAUUUUUUCUUCUGUUUUUAAUGUUUGUAUAGUUGAUAUUCGCUUAUAUUAAUUGUUUGAUACCUAUUUGAC